AUGGAGUAUGGUGAAGAUAGUGAGAACACGUUGAAAGGGUUAGACGACCGCGCGUCUUUCUCUCUAUCCCAGUCGCGUACUCGUCACUCAAAACGACAAUCUGACGGAAGACAUAGUCUUGCUUUCAAAUCAGACACAUCAAAAGAUAACCCUGGUGUAAUAGAAAUUGAUUCUAAAUACUUUUCGUCGAACUCUCAACUAGAAAUUUUCGAAAAGGAUAAAAAGAAUCCCGAUGUUCUUGCAAACGAGCUGGAACGUGCCUCAAAAAUCUCUUUUGAACAGAAUGAAUUUAGUGAUCCGCAGCAGUAUAUUUGCUUUCUUAGAGAAAAAUACGAAAAAAGAUUGCAAGAAAUGGCAACACGUAUCGAAGAAUUGGAAACUGAAAAAGAUUUGGCUGAAGAAGAAAAAAUGGCCAUUGAAGAAGACAACUUUACUACAGAAGCCAAAGUAGAACAACUCGAACGUCAAGUCGCUGAUUUAGUAUGUCAACUCGAAAAACAUCAUAAAGAAACCAAAUUUAAAUUACAUGCUUCUAACGAAAAAAUUACUGAAUUAAAAGGAAAGACAAAGGAGCUCCGAGAAGAGAAUUCAAUAUUGCAACAAGAACGCGAUAUUUUUGAAGAAGAAAAAAAAGAAUUGACAAAGCAAUUAGAAGAAUUGAAUAAUAAAAUUAAUGAUCUAGAGGGGAAAAAUAUCAAAUUAAGACACACUGUAGAACGUUUGGAAUCAAGAAAUACGAAAUUAGAAGCUGAGAUGUUAGAGGCAAACGACAGAGCUUCCAAAAAAAUAUCUAGCUUGAUGGACGAGGUGGGUCAACUUGGAGAACAAUUGGCUAUGUCACGAGGUCAAGGAGAAGAAUGGAUUGAGGAGUACCAAAGAGAACAAAAAAGAAUAGAGCCGCGAUUGAGAGAUCUAGGUGAGCAACUUCGUAAUGCAGAGAAACAACAAUUAUUCUUGGAAAAUCAAAGAAAUUCUCGUUCAUCUCGUAAAGACGAAUUAACACUUGAAAUAGAAAAAUUAUCCACUUCAGUUGAAGAUUUAUCUCACAAUUUGGAAAAAAAGAACAAGGAGUUGAUCUCCUUGAACAGUCGAUAUGAAACGAAAAAGAACGAGCUUACACAACAACACAAGAAAAUACACGAGGACAUUAAACAAAUUGAAGACAUUAAUGAAAACAUUCGUGAUGAUUUAGAAGUAAUUACGAAAGAAAGGGACCUAUUGGAAAAUCAAAUGGAAACCGCAGAAGCACAAGCAAAUGACCUUAUAAAGAAGGUAGAAGACUUAGAGGAACAUAAGUCUAAUUUAACAGCGCAGAUUGAACAAUUAGAAGCAGAAAUAGGGGAUAUAGAAGAUUACCGAUCGAAUCCAAGUAACUCAAACAAUAAUGCUCGUCUUUUAAGGGAAGAGGUUUCUAGACUGCGAGAUGAAAAUAACAAACUUAUCAAAGAUAAAAAACGUCUUGAUGAUGAAAAAUCCAGAUUAGAGAUUCAUUUGACUGAAAUGGCAGAUAUGGCACAAAAAUCAUCCGAUCAAUCAACAGAUAAUGCUCAACAUAAUCAAGAUGUGAUGCUGGGAACCGUAGAGGAGAUGGAAGAGAGAAUGAUUGAAUUUGAAAAUGAAAUUGUUGGAUUGCGAGCCGAGCGUGCAUCUCUCGUAGCUCAAUUGGCUACUCAAGACAAUCAACUCUCCCUUUUACAUAAUUUACUAUCCUCAAGUACUAUUUCAUCAUCCGGAUCUAAUAUUGCAGUGAUUGAGCAUGAACGCUUAUUAGAUGAACUAAAUGCAAAACUUGACGAGGCACAUGUUGAAAUCGGCAAAUUACGCUAUCAACUCACAGAGGCUGCCCAAAGGGCUCAAGAUGAUAUUAGAGAUGCUAAGAUAACAGAACUCGAAUUUCAAAAGUCUGAAUUGGAGAAAAUAUUACGAAUUAGGGAAGAAGAAUUAAUGAAAGAGCAAAAUAAAUCAAGAUCUCGAUAUCUCUCUAUUCAUACUGAUGAGAAUACACGUGGUGAGAUUGUAGAAGGUAUAAGUGGGCUCUUGUCUAAUACAUCUAAUUCAGUUGAUAAGUUUACAAAUUUAUCAUUUUCUCAUGAAAUUACUUGGAUGAGUGCCGCUGACAUCUCUUUUCAUGGGUCGACUCCUGCUCGAAAUAAUGUAAAGAUUAGAUCUUUGCAACUUGACUUUCAAUCACUGAAAGCCCAAAUUGACGAUUUAAAUCAGCGUCUAGAGACUAAAAAUAUAGACUUAGAAAAAGCUAUUUCUGCUGGCCGUGGUCUUACUCUUACCCUAGAUGAAGCACAUAAAAAAAUACGUGAAAUGGAAGAUUUGAUGCAAUAUUCGGAAAAAUCCAUGGUCAUUCUCCAACAAGAACUAAUUCGAAAACAAAGACGCACCGAAGAAUUAGAACAACAGUUAAAGGAGCUGUGUCUCCAACGUGGUGGAGUCGUAGAUAUGGAAGGCAUUGACAUUCAAUAUAAUAAUAUUGUCCAUAAUCCAAAGUCGAGUCAAAGCAUGACGAUUGAAAAGGAACUCGAAGAAACUCUACAAAAGAAUAUGCAAACGGUAGAAUAUCUGGACCAUUUAGUAAAAGUUGUCUCUCAGCAAAACAAUUUUUUGAGGACAAGUAAUAAUAAUGUCGAUGCAGCUACAUCCCCAAUCAGAGGAACUGAUUCUAUGAAAAAUGUACAAGCUCUACUUGAAGGACUAUCACAACAAGCAUCUCAAAUGCAAAAAAUGAUGGAAGAUAAUGGAAAUAUUUUGAAAAGAUUAGCUUCUACUGCUCUUACAGAUUCGUCUUCAAAAAAACAAAAACGCCAGAGUACUAGAUUAAGUAGUAUUCCCCGAAGUGCCUCCAAUUCGAAGCAAAUUGAUGAUACAAUUGAAAUUAAGCGAGAAGAUUUACAAGCUAUUGUACAAGCUGGGAAUGAUUUAUUUAAACAUCCUGCGCAAUUUAUGUCUCGAAUUGACAAUCUUGCAUCCACUGUCUUGGAUAAUGAAGUACGUUCAACAGAAUCCCGAGAUUUAUAUCAGCUUAUCAGAGAUCUUACUCCCAACUUGGAAAACACUGCUAGAAAAAUAGAAAUAUUGACUGGGUCGCUGCAAAAGGUCUUGAGAGAAUUCAAAAGAAAUAGUGAAAGUGUAAAAGAAAAUGUGGCUGCACAUCAAUCUGAAAAGUUCAACAGUUUAAUUACAAGUGUACAUGAAUUAACGGCUAAUAAUAUGCAUUUGGCUAUGCAAAUGAAACAACUUGCUUCCGCACUGAUUCCCACUCAAAAGACGGAUGAGAGUUCAUUUAUAAAAAUUCCUUCUCUCAUUUCUCCUAUAAUGACUAAUGAUCCAAAAGACCAAAAUGAAGUUGAAAAAUUACGAAAAUUGGUCGCAACACAAAGUCAAUUGAUUAACGACUAUGAAGCGACUAUUGAGUUAUUCCAAAGGAGUGAGCAAGAUGCACAAUCAUUACGCGCAGCUCUAAGUGCUAUGUCUGAUAUUGAUCUAAAGGAUAAAGGUGCCGAAAACAAUAAUAAACAACUCCAAUCUCAAUUACAGGAAUUUCGUAAUCUCUGGAUACAAGAAUCAGAUGCUAAUAAAUCUUUGAAGUUGGUCAUGAAAGAAAUGAAAGCUUCCGCAAAUAAAGAAGAAACGAAAUUGCGAAAAGAAGUAGAAGUAUUAACUUCUCAAAUAACAAGUUUAUCAGAGAAAUUACAAACAUUUAAACUCCGAGCCGAGAAAUUCGAACAAAAAUUCCGAGAAACAGAAGCAGCCUUAAAAAAUCUGACUGAAAUUGAAAAAAAUUUACGUCAGGAACGAGAUACUAUGAAAAAUGGUCAUGCGCGGGAACUUGAAACUUUGAAGCAUCUUUGGGACAAAGAGCGUGCGAUGCUUACCGAGUCUACAACAAAAAACAAGUCUCAAAAAUUGGCGGCAAUCGAAGGGAAUCAUAAGGAGCUAGAAAGUACAUGGAAACAGGAGAAAGAAAGCUUGACGAAAAAAUUGCGAACACAAAAGGAAUCGUAUGAGCGGGAGAUUAAAUCUCUUCAAAAGGAAGUUGAAAAAUUAAAUUCUAAGAUUCAAGAUUUUGAAAUUGAAAUUCAAUCCAUAACUGCAAACAAAAAACUGUUAACCUUGGAAAAAGCUUCUUUGGCUAAAGAAAAGUCAGAAUUGCAGCAACAAUUGGAUAACUUUCAGAAAGAAUCCGAGCGUUAUCGAAAGAAAAAUUCUUCAGUCGUGGAAUUGGAAAAUCGUAUGCGACGUCUACAAAAAGAAAAAGAUGUGAACGCAGAACGAGCAGCUCAAAAAAUUGCAGACCUUCAAAAAGAGUUACAAGACACGAUAGAUAAGGUCUCCAAGUUAACAAAAGAAAAGAACGCACUUACAAAAGAUAAAUCAGAAUUGAAUCGAAAAUACAUGAUUGCCGACGAGAUGAAAGAUUCACUAGAAGCUGAAGUACGCGCUAAUAAAGAACACAUGAAAGCACUUGAAGUAGAAAUUCAGAACCUGACUGAUCAAUUACAAUCUGAAAGGCGUGAUCAUCAAUCUAAAAACGAACAAUUAUCGCGAUAUGAAGAUGAAUUGCAGGCUCAAGAACGACUCCGUGAAGAAAUCGAACAGUUGCAAGAUACUCUUUCACAUGAAAGAAAUCAACAUCAGAUUCAAAUAUCGAAAUUUGAAUCAUUGUUAAAUCAACGCAAAGUAACAUCAGAUUCUUCAGAGGAAGUAAAGAGACUCGAUUGUGAAUUGUCUGCUGCGAAUUCUAGGAUUAAAGAAAUCCAAGAAUCUGCGCACGCUGCUAUCAACACACUUGAAGAAGAAAUUAAAAAUACAAAACAACAACUUGUCUUAAUACAAAGGGGACAGACUAAUAAUCAUUCACGAGCACAAGAUUCCGAAAUUCAGUCUGAAAUUACUCAAUAUAAGCAGAAAUUCCAAUUGGAAUUAAAUAAAGAACGUAAAUGCCACGCCGAGGAACGUAGUCUAUUAAUUAAAGAGGUCCGCUAUCAGAAAGCGAAAUGGGUUCGUGAAUCCGGUUUUCGAGCAGAUUUAAGUUACCAAAAAAAGUUUAUAUUGCUUUUACUUGGUGGCUUGGAAUCAUGUGACCAUGCUACUUCACUAUUGAUUUCUAGCCUAGUCACCUUCCCUCAAUUUUCACAACCUUCACCCCUUUUGCUGAAAUUCAAAAGUGCUGUAACUGCCAUAAUAGCGAUUCAACGGAUGAGAAUUCUCAAAAAUUCAUGGAAUCGAGCUCGAGAUUUAAAACGUCUUACACAACAACAGCAAAACUAG